AAUCUAGCUCUAGCUAGCUCCGAAAAAAAUCUAAAAAAAUAAUAAUUUCCAAUACCCAUCAAAAAUGCUAACCAGAAAUAGAAGUAAAAGUGUCUGCAGUGACGAGAGCUUAUCUCAAGGCUCCCAUAGUCUCAGUCGGGAGAUUUCAAAUGUUUCUGUGUCCAGUAGUACAUUCGUAGACUCGCAGGAUAGCGCUCCCUUAUCUCUUAUUACUGAGGAUAGAGAAAGGAAACCUUCUAGUAUUAAACACGCCCAUCACUUAUCCUCCUCUCAAUGGGUUGUUAUCCUUCCACGUGAUGCACUAGGUGAUAAUAAUGUCCAACCACAGUUCAUUAAAUAUCCAGAUCCUCAUUCAGGCAUUUUACGACAAUACUUAAUAUCAGCAGAUCAGAGAAGAAUAUACGAGUUGAAUAAAACAAGCUCUCAAUACAGGUCUUGGUUUAUUGGUGAAUCGGUACAAUCAGAUGGAAGCUUCUAUGUCUGCACUAAAAUGGAUCCUUUGUUUUUUAUACUAGCUGCAUUGCUAUCUUCCAAAAGCAUUGAUAAAUUCACUACCCUUGAUGCAAUACUGGAUCACUGCUCUCACUCGUACCUCAUUGAAAACCUGGUCUCUCCCACCCAAAUGAGCAACAUAACUGACUCUAAAGUGAUACAAGGUGAUGUGAUCGUGUAUCGAUACAAUAAAGAGAAGACAUUGUGCUGGCUGUCAAAAAAGGUCGAAUUAUUAUCCAGUACGCUUAAAGAGCAAGGUAUCUAUGUAGGCAAAGGAUCACAAAGUGUCCAUUAUGUCCGCAGUAAUAAACAAACAUCACUUGCUGAAGAUGAGGAGUAUAAGGAAUAUGCCAGUGGAAUGAUAAAGGAUUAUGUUCCUGCUUCACUUUGUGAGGAUUUAGAUGCCAAGUAUCAAUUAGCAGCUGUGGACCGCAAGCGUCCAAUAGAAGAUGGCAAUGAACUACCAGCAAAGAAAAGACAAAUCUCUGAGCCUACUGAAGAUUACAGUAAAGGUGUUAAACCAGUGGCAGUAAAAGUGGAGCCUAAACUCUCUGCCGCUCAAAAGGCUUUGGCUAAAGUGAACAAGAAAGGAAUGAAAACAAUGACCAGUUUCUUCACUAAAAAAUAACACUUCACUUAUUUUUCUUAUUAUAUCAUUAUUACUAUACAAUGGAAAUCAAUAGGUCCUUAUACUAA